AUGAGAUCGCAUCCGCAGCUGCUCUUGCUGCUGUUGUCCCUCUGGGGAGUCAUUUGGUAUGCUUCUGGUAUGUGUUCGAAGCCUGGAAAGCCAGCAAAUGGGAAGCGUCAACUGUCACGUGAGGGAAGCCGGCGCGUCGUCACUUACACGUGCGAAACGGGAUAUAGGCUUGUCGGUCGACGCUCACGUCGCUGUUUGGGAAAUUCUAAAAACGGUUUCAAUUGGGAAGGCAAGAAACCCAAAUGCAUCGAAAGGAGUUGCUCAGCAUUGCCUGAUCCGGUAAACGGUGACGUCAACCUCAGAAAUGGGCGUGCUACCUACUCCUGCAGGUUGAGCUAUCGUCUCGUGGGAAGUGCAUUUCGAGUGUGUACUAACUCUAGAUGGAGUGGAACGGCACCAUCUUGUCGAGCAGUUACGUGUCCUCAAUUGUCAUCUCUUGCAUUUGGAAGAAUCACUCUACCUUCAUCUGGAAAAUUUGCUGUCUACAUCUGCAACAAAGAAUACAAACUCACAGGCAACGCAAUCCGAGUUUGUAGAGGUGACAGAUGGUCAGGCUCAAAACCCCGUUUGCGAAAAGGAUUAAAUCGCCCUACCAACGGAUUUCUUCAAGUCUCGGGCGACACAGCAACAUAUUCAUGCGCCGUCGGAUUCAACCUCGACGGUAACAGGAACAGACGAUGUCAGACUGGAGUAUGGUCUGGUACUGACCCUUCUUGUGUUAGAAUUACAGUUUGUGAAAGACUUCGUGAUCCUGCAAACGGCGAUGUCAGGCUGUCACGUAACAACAACAAUGCAACAUACAUCUGCAAUUCAGGCUACACACUAGUCGGUAAUCAACAAAGAACGUGCUCCAACGGUGACUGGAGUGGGAUGCAACCGUCGUGCGUACAGAAUUGCCCGAGACUCGAUAGACCCGAAAACGGCAAUGUCGACCAGAUGAGGAACUCUGCGACGUACUCGUGUAACAGUGGCUACGAGCUACGCGGCAGGACAUCCGUUUGUAUCGAUGGAGACGAAUGGCGGGAUCGAUGCAACCAGCUCUGCACUUGUGUAGGAGGACGGCCUCAGUGCUGCCGUGAAAGAAAGGAUAUCGAGUCAAUGACUACAGCAGAGAAACGACUUUACGUUGACACACUCAUUAUAUCUUCGACAGAUGCACGUUAUCGCCAGGAAUACGAAGAUUUCCUUGGCAUUCAAAGAUUACAGUUUUUUAGUGGAAUCCACGAAAGAAACCAAUUCUUGCCAUGGCACCGAUAG